UCCGAAGGACCUCGGGCUCCCUGGUCGAAGCGGGGUUGCGUGGAGUCGCAUCGCCGAGAGCAGGGCAAGUACAAGCAGAGGAAAUGUGAACGCCCCUUCAGCGCUGUGAAGCCGACUGUUGGCCAGGAGGCCUCUAAAAGGUGAAUAUCUUCAGAAUUUAAUUUCCUACGGACACAGAGGUACUGUCCUCUGAUUGGCUCGGACACCCCCCUGUGACAUGCCCGUGGCCAAUCAGAGGGUCAGUAAAUGAUAACAGAAUAUUCAUUUUUGGUGAACUAUCCUGUUAACAGGCCUUUCCCAUCAUCUUGAUUGAUACUGAGCUCUCUCUGAGAGAGAAAAAUUUCUAUCAAAUACUUGAGAGAAAAUGGUGCCUAAUGGCGGGGGAUGUGGAGGUGUACCUUUCCCAAGUGCAUGACGGCAGCGUGUCGUCGGGCUUCCGAGCCUUGUAUGAGGAGCGACUGCUGCUCGAUGUCACUCUGCUCAUCGAGGAGCACCACUUCCAGGCGCACAAGGCUCUGUUAGCAACGCAAAGUGAUUAUUUCCGGGUCAUGUUUACAGCCGAUAUGCGGGAACGUGACCAGGAUAAGAUUCACAUGAAGGGGUUGACGGCAGCCGGGUUUGGUCAUGUCCUUCGCUUCAUGUAUUAUGGUUCAUUGGAGUUAAGCAUGCUCACGGUGCAAGAGAUCCUGCAGGCUGCCAUGUACGUACAACUCACAGAGGCUGUAGAGUUCUGCUGCUCCUUCCUGCUGGCCAAGAUCUGCUUGGAGAACUGUGCUGAGGUCAUGCGCUUGCUGGAAGACUUCAGCGUCGGUGUGGAAGGCGUGCAGGAGCAGCUCGAUGCGUUUCUGCUGGAGAACUUUGUGCCCCUGAUGGGGCGACCGGACUUCCUUUCUUAUUUGAGUUUGGAGAAGUUGAUGGCAUAUCUGGAUAGCGACCAGCUGAGUCGAUUUCCGGAAAUUGAGCUGUAUGAGGCGGUGCAGGCUUGGCUGAGACAUGACCGGCGCCGAUGGAGACAUACGGAUGCGGUGGUGCAGAACCUGCGCUUUUGCCUCAUGACUCCUGCCAAUAUCUUUGAGAAGGUAAAGACAUCAGAGUUCUACCGUUAUUCCCGCCAACUGAGACUAGAAGUUGACCAGGCGCUCAGCUACUUCCAUCAGGUGAACGAACAGCCGCUGGCGGAAACCAAGUCCAACCGCAUCAGAUCCGUGAGACCCCAGACUGCUGUGUUCCGUGGAAUGAUCGGCCACAGCAUGGUCAAUAGUAAAAUCCUCCUCCUGCACCGGCCCAAAGUGUGGUGGGAACUAGAAGGCCCCCAGGUACCGCUUCGCCCCGACUGCCUGGCCAUCGUCAACAACUUCGCUUUCCUGUUGGGUGGUGAAGAGUUAGGUCCUGACGGAGAGUUCCACGCUUCUUCUAAGGUCUACCGCUACGAUCCCAGACAGAACUCUUGGCUCCGUAUGGCCGACAUGUCCGUUCCUAGAUCAGAGUUUGCCGUCGGCGUCAUCGGGAAGUACAUUUACGCAGUUGCAGGCCGCACUCGCGACGAGACGUUUUAUUCAACGGAGCGUUAUGACAUUGUUGAGGACAAGUGGGAGUUUGUAGACCCCUACCCUGUAAACAAGUACGGCCACGAAGGCACCGUGCUCAACGGGAAGCUGUACAUCACAGGCGGCAUCACCUCCUCUUCCACCUCAAAACAAGUGUGCGUAUUUGACCCGGGACGCGAAGGAACGUCCGAACAUCGUACGCGGCGCACGCCGAUCCUCACCAACUGCUGGGAGAACAAGUCAAAAAUGAACUACGCUCGUUGCUUCCAUAAGAUGAUCUCCCACAAUGGGAAGCUGUACGUCUUCGGCGGGGUGUGUGUGAUACUGCGUGCCUCUUUCGAAUCCCAGGGCUGCCCUUCGACAGAAGUAUAUGACCCAGAGACUGACGAGUGGACUAUUUUGGCCUCUAUGCCUAUAGGACGCAGUGGGCAUGGAGUGGCAGUGCUGGACAAACAGAUCAUGGUGCUCGGGGGACUUUGCUACAACGGUCAUUACAGCGACUCUAUCCUCACAUUUGACCCUGACGAGAACAAAUGGAAAGAGGACGAGUAUCCCAGGAUGCCUUGCAAACUGGACGGACUGCAAGUGUGUAGUUUGCACUUCCCAGAAUACGUUCUGGAACACGUGAGACGCUGCAGCUGAGUCUUUGUACCUUCUGGACAGUUUAGGAGACAAACGUUUACAGGUGUGACAAGUAAUACUAAUACUGUUGAAGCUUUUAAACUGUAGGCCAGUGCUUAUUUAAGAAGAAAAAAAAUCCUUUUUAGGCUUUCAUUGUAGAAAGGAAGGUUUGUUAUUUGUUCCAAGCAUUGGCGUUCUCAUAAAAAAACAGACCUUUUUGCUCUGACUCAUUGCACUGUAAUCAUCCUGUAGAGCACAUAAUACUCUUCAUGUUUCACCACAUUGUCUUCUCUGUGACGUUCUUCUGUAUCCCUUCGUUCUGUUCACAGGAAGUCAUGUUUUUUGAAUGCGUAUUCCACAAGUAGUCUGCUGCAUCUAGGAGUGGUUAGAAAAAUGAAAAGGAGACUAAAUGAAAUAGAGGAACUCAUGAAGAAAUUUAAAAACUUCCCUGUCCCUUUUUUUUCUUUCACAUUUACUAAUGUAAGAAUGCAUUUGUGCUGAUACUAGUGAUGUUGAAGUGGAUCUUGACGAUAAUGACUGUAAUGAUUGUAAUCUUGACGAUGAUGUUGACAAGCGUUGCACUCGUAUAAGGGCAUAUAUUACUGCUCUACAAUAACACCAGUCCUCCACUGCUGACUGCAAAGGGAGAAAAGGGGACAGCAGAGAUUAGGGGACGCAUCGUUCCCGCUUCUCCAACCUUUAUUAGUUGUGCUUAUGCUUAUUUUUAACUUAUUUAUUAAAAUGGCAAAGCCUUGCCUUGAUCCAAUCCGUGUAAUGUAAGGAACUACUUUAUGUGUGUGUGUGUGUGUGUGUGUGUGUGUGUGUGUGUGUGUGUCUCACAUUUUGUUUCACCAGCAAAGGGCUAAAGCACAUAUGCAUCUUGUGUUUAAUGUCUAAUGAAACACUAACAGCAGUUCUAUGAGUUUAGGCGUCCAUUAGGUAUUAAAAUCAGUUGCAGUAAAAGGGAUUGUUCAUCAACUACUCACACUCAUGUCAUUCCAAAUCUGAAUGACUGAAAUAUUUUGUGUCUGUUUGAAAUUCAGUGGGACGCCAUUGGUUUUCAUUGUAUGGACAAAAACAUCUUUUGUGUUCCACAGAAGAGAAAAAAAAAAAGGUUUGGAUUGACAUAAAUUUGAGUAAAUGAUGACAGAAUCAUCAUUUUUUUUGGUGAAAUAUCCCUUUAAGCCAGAUCUUGAAGGUGUUUGGCAAUAUGUCAUUUACUGAUGCUGUGUUUCCUCAGAGUUCCUGGUUGGUUUGUACUUCCUCAAACACUAACUUUGACCUUUUUGUCUCUGCCGUGUGACAUUUGUCAUCCAAAAUUCAUGCUAUUUUCAUGUACAUAUAGAUGCCAAACUGUGGUCUGUAAGGGUCAAACUGUAAUAAUCAGACACAGCGGUAGAUUAUAACCUUGUCUUGUUAUUUUUUUCAGUAGAAUAACAGACAAUUAUUCCACUAUAAUAAUAAUAAUAAUCCAUAGCCCUGUAUCUUGUUCUUGAGAGGAGUAUAAUCAGAUUGCUAACUUGUUUACCAAAAUCUGGUGGUUCACUGGUAUUUGAAGACUUUGUAAUUAAUUUCCAGAAAUAAAUGUUCAAACUGU